CAACUUAUACUCGUAACCCACAGGCACAAAUCCCCUGCACAUCGAGCUCGAGAAACUGACGGCCCAAUUCCUCGGAGUCGAAGAUGCUAUAGUAUUUGGCAUGGGCUUCGCCACCAAUUCCCUCAACAUUCCAACACUGAUCUCGCCCGGCUGCCUGGUGGUAAGCGAUGAGAAAAACCAUGCCUCCAUCAUCCUGGGUUUGCGUCUAUCGGGCGCCGCCACAAAAGUAUUCAAGCACAACAACAUGAAAGAUCUGGAACGGGUGUUGCAGCAAGCCAUUGUCACCGGCCAACCAAAAACCGGCGAACCGUGGAAGAAGAUUAUGAUCUUCGUCGAGGGUGUGUUCAGCAUGGAAGGAUCGAUCGUCAAACUGCCGGAGAUAAUUGCCCUGAAGAAAAAGUACAAAGCCUACAUCUACCUGGAUGAGGCUCACAGUAUUGGAGCGACGGGUCCAUCUGGGCGUGGAGUCUUAGAUUUCUACGGAGUCGACCCCAACGACAUCGACAUUCUCAUGGGAACUUUCACGAAAAGUUUUGGAUCGGCAGGAGGCUAUAUAGCCGGAAGUAAAACUUUGAUAAACUUCCUGCGAGUAAACAGUCACGCACACUGUUACGCUAGCUCAAUGUCACCCCCAGUAACGCAGCAAAUUCUUACCUCAAUGAAGAUCAUCAUGGGCUUGGACGGAACCAAUGAAGGCCGGAAGCGCAUCGAACAGCUGGCCAGAAAUACUACCUAUUUCCGGAAGCGGUUAGCCCAGAUCGGCGUCAUUACCUUUGGCCACGAAGAUUCCCCGGUCGUGCCGAUGUUGGUGUAUUUGUUCUCUAAAAUUGGGGCCGUGGUUCGUACCUUGACAUCGCGAAACAUUGCGGUCGUCGGUGUUGGCUUUCCUGCCACGCCCAUCAUGGAGGGACGCAUCCGGUUUUGCCUUUCAGCGGCCCACACCAAAGAUCAGCUAGACUAUGCCCUGACAGUGAUCGAUGAGAUCAGCGACACGCUCGGGCUCAAGUACUCGCGGAAACCGCGCGACCCGAGACCGAUAGAGUAUUAGCGAGUUUAUUGUUAGUUUAGUGAACUAAGGAACAAAAGUUUAAGAAACGAAAUAAUUACACCAGUAACAACAAACAAACUAUUUCAACUACUUCAACCAGAACACACAUCCAUUCUCUGAUAAGAUUUAAGAUAGGACGCACAGAUAUGCCUUAUUAUGGAUAGAUAACGCGAGAACACACAAACCACAAACACAAAAAAAAAGUGAAACCAUACACAUCUAGUAGGCGUCGACUUUGUUGCCGCAUUUAUUUGAGCGAAAUGCAUUCUUUGUGUAUUAAAUUUUAUUUAUAUUUUUUAUCUGUCAUAGGAUUUUUGUUGAAUGCUUCUCCGUUACAUUAAAUAACGUCUAUUGUAAGAUGCAGCAUAGUGGGAACUAUGAACUAAUUAGGAAAUAGAAACUUAACGCUUUGUGAUUGAA